AAUCGCGUUUUAAUUUUAUGAAAAACUUGCCCCCUACCUCCCUUUCGCCGUCGUCUCCCUUUGGUUUUCAUAUGGCCCUUCCACUGCUCAUGCUUCUCAUCCUUUCCACGCUGGCCCUCCAUCCCCACCGCUCCUCCGCUGCCGACUCCCUUUCAGGAAACCAGUCCCUCUCCGGCGAUCAGAAGCUCACAUCCGAAGGAGGUAAAUUUGUUUUCGGCUUCUUCCCAUUAGGAAACUCCCCUAAAAGAUACUACAUAGGUAUCUGGUACAACACCAACAUGGUUUCCAAACUCACUCCUGUCUGGGUAGGGAACAGGGACACCCCUGUCCUUGAUUUGUCCUCCACGGAGCUCAAGCUCUCUAAAGAUGGCAACCUCGUCCUCCUCAACCAGUCAAAAUCCCUAAUUUGGUCAACAGAAACCAAUAUUACCGCCAAUUCCACCAUGGCGGUGCUCCUCGAUUCCGGUAAUUUGGUUCUCCAAGAUAGCUCCGAUACCUCUCGUAUCCUUUGGCAGAGCAUUGACCACCCCACAGACACCUGGCUUCCCGGCGGCAAAGUUGGACUCAAUAAGCUUACCGGUGAGAACCAGCACCUGACAGCUUGGAAGAGUCUUGAGGACCCUGCUCACGGACUUUUCUACCUUGAAAUCGACCCGAGCGGGAGCAGUCAGUACUUCAUCCUGUGGAAUGGCACCAAAAAUUACUGGUCUAGUGGCGACUGGAAUGGGAAAAUCUUUAGUGGUGUCCCGGAGAUGACCUCUAAUUAUAUAUAUAAUUUUCAGUAUGUAAGCAAUGCCUCUGCGAACUACUUCACUUACACAGUUAAUACAGAUGACGUCAUAUCAAGGUUCACCAUGGAUUACUCGGGGCAGAUCAAGCAAUGGACUUGGCUUUCUGAUGCGCAGAACUGGAUUUUGUUCUGGUCCCAGCCAAGAGAACAGUGCGAGGUGUAUGCGCUUUGCGGAUCUUUCGGUAGCUGCAAUGAAAACAAUUCGCCAUCUUGUGGUUGUAUUAAGGGUUUCAGUGAGAGGUCACCCGGGGAGUGGCAUUUGGGUGAUCAAAGUGGAGGCUGUGCGAGGAAUACCCCAUUGCAAUGCGGAGGAAGUAGUUCGGCAGGAACAGAGAAGGAUAAGUUUUAUCAGAUGGACAGUGUGAGGUUGCCUGAUAACCCUGAGACUAUGGAGGCAGGGAGCAGUUCAGAUUGUGAAUCAACUUGCUUGUAUAAUUGUUCAUGCACAGCUUACUCUUAUAGUUCUAAAUGCUCGUUGUGGUAUGGAAAUUUGCUUAACAUCCAAGAACAAUAUAAUGGAUAUGAUCAAUCCACUCUUUUCCUCCGCCUGGCUGCAUCCGAGCUUCCAAGUUCUUCGAGCAAGAGCAAUAAAGGAGGAAUUAUUGGUGCAGCUGCUGGUGGUGCCAUAGGGUUUUUGGCCCUGUUGGCUCUUACUUGGCUGGUAAUUUUGAGACGACAGCGGAGGAGAAUAAUCGGUGCAGCAAAAGCUGCAGCAGAUGGCGUUUUGGUCGCAUUCCGAUACAGCGAUUUGCGGCGUGUUACUACAAAUUUCUCAGAGAAACUUGGCAGUGGAGGGUUUGGAUCAGUGUAUAAAGGGUCCCUACCAGAUUCAACCUUCAUUGCUGUAAAGAAGCUAAUAAAUCUCAAUCAAGGGGAGAAGCAGUUUCGGGCUGAGAUUGGCACGAUUGGAACAAUACAGCACAUCAACCUGAUUCGCCUUCGAGGUUUUUGUGCUGAUCAAAACAAUAAAUGUUUGGUCUACGAAUUCAUGCCAAAUAGUUCACUUGAUGCUCAUCUUUUUCAUGGCAGUAAAACUGAUUUAGAUUGGGGUAAAAGGUAUCUUAUUGCUCUCGGAACUGCUCGAGGCCUGGUUUAUCUCCAUGAGAAGUGUAGGGACUGCAUCAUACACUGUGAUAUUAAGCCAGAGAACAUCCUAUUGGAUGCUUCUUUUAUUCCAAAAGUGGCAGACUUUGGCCUUGCAAAACUUCUCGGCCGGGAUUUGAGUCGGGUUUUGACAACAAUGAGAGGAACAAGAGGAUAUCUUGCACCAGAGUGGAUCUCUGGCGUUGCUAUCACUGCGAAGGCAGAUGUUUAUAGCUAUGGAAUGAUGCUAUUUGAAAUUAUAUCGGGUAAGAGAAACACAGACCACUGGGAGGAUAAUAAAAAUGGCUUCUUUCCUGCUUCUGCUAUGAAAAAAUUAAUGGCUGGUGAUAUUCGUAGUUUGUUAGAUCCGAGGUUGGAAGGUGUUGCUGAGAUUGAAGAGGUGGAGACAGCUUGUAAAGUUGCUUAUUGGUGCAUUCAGGAUGAAGAGAUGUCUAGGCCAACUAUGGAGCAGGUGGUACAGAUGCUUGAGGGAACAAUGGAGAUUAUCAUGCCUCCAGUUCCAAAAUCGCUUCAGCUUUAUUCGGGGCAACAGGAACGAAUUGUAUUCUUCUCAGAUUCAACGGUUGAUCAGAGCAACCAGACACAAAGCACAUUUUCCUCAAGUCCUGGAAGGAGUUCAAAUUCUGCAAGUUUGAAGGAGUAAGCUAAGGGGAACCAUAAGGACUACACAUUGAUUAAUUGAGUUUGAGAUGUUUUCUAGAAGUAGUUUUACAGAUUUAAGCUUCUACUGUUAAUUUCUCCAUGCUGUCUGUUAGAAAAUAUGAUCCAAUUUUUAUGUUCUUUCUUUUGCUGUUUGAUUAAAUAGGUGGUAAGUAGAGUUUGGCUUGUUAGGUGAUUUCUUUAGUUUCUUGUAUAGCCUCUUUUGCUACAUAUUUUUAUGCAUGAGUUUUCUGUAACCUGUAUAAAUACCAAGAAAAUGAAUAAUAAUGUGGCUGAUAAGAUUUCCCA